AUGCCAUUGACAAAAACGUCGAUUCACAAUGGCUCAUGUUCUACUGUGUCGUAUCCGGUUCACCGUUUCAUUGCCAAUCGAUAUUGCCGAUGUUCCCCAAUGAACUAUGAAAUUUCUUCAAGAGAUAAUUCUCUUAUUCCCCUCCAGACGACCUCCCCUUCUCAUCUCAUAUCAUGGCAACAUCAAUUUUACGUGUGUGUCUUCAAUUUCCUACCCUAUAAUCGUUCUUGCUUCUCUUACAUUAUACCACGACAAGCUUUACCCCAAUCCUUGCUAUCGGCACAAAAUGUUUCUGAAUGAUUACGAUAUUUGUCAUGGUGAUAAACAUCUUCCAUCAAGGCGCUGGAAAUUCUUCACACAAUCGCUUCAACUCUCUCUUCAAUAAAGGUCCAUAACACGUGACAAGUGAUUACUCCCUUUCUGCGAUUUUAUUUAUGUUACCCAAUAGACAACCGCUUCUCUUCUCUCGUUCUUUGCUGUUCUGUUUUCGUUUCGAUCGUCAUGAAUAAUUUCUCUCUAAUCUCUUUCUCCUCCCACUCUAUAACCCUAACACCGAUCACCACUUAUCGCAUCACGAUCCCCAAGUUUUAUCAACUUUGUUUUUAGUUUAUUUCAUUAUAGGGCUUUGAAUAAAUUGGGUUCUUUUUCCUCGAAUCUUAUUUUUCCACGAUUAUGGAAUUAUUGAUCUACAUUAGAUUUAGUAUUUAUAUGGAUUUUUGAGGUAAUUAGAAAUGAUGUUUGGCUGUUAGAUGUUCUAUACCUUCAUAAAAGUACAACAUCCGAAACAAUUACUAAAUCAAACAAAACUGAAGCAAUAAAUGAGAUGUAAUUCCUAAUUUUUGUUGGAGUAUGUUAACGAGAUGCGAUUACUAAAUCAAAGAAAAUUGUAGCAAUAAAUGAGAACAUUAUAAAUUUAUUUUAUCCACAUAUUCGGUGGAUAUUCAGGGUCAACUGAUGUUUCAAUAAUUGCAUUUAAUGUACAGAUUUCGUUUGCAAAACUUUCAUUUCCAUCACUGAAAGUGAAUGAAAACUAUGAAGAUUGCAUGAUAUACUAAUGUUUAUGUUUCAUUUAGUCUUGAUUUAGUUCCAAUGUCACAUUGAUGUAGUUUGUUUCGGUUAGAUGCUUUUGCAACUUCACAGGCUAAGGAUUAUACGUGAGUUCUCUCCCACAUUAACUUUCCUCCAUAUGAAAGGUCUAUUUAUGUUCAUGUUCUAAAGUAAUUCUUGAAUACACAUUAACUUUCCUCCAUAUGAAAGGUGUUUUUCUGUUCAUGUUCUAAAGUAAUGCUUGAAUACACAUUAACUUUCCUCCAUAUGAAAGUUGAUUCUUGAUUAUGAUUUAGGGUUUACAAUAAUGUUAAUGGAUGAUUUCGUUGUAUUAUCUAAAAAUCUAUUGUCCUCAAAUUUUUAGGCUUUCUUUUUUCCUUCAGGAUAAUUUCAACUGUCACUUUGAUUUCUGAACUUGCCCAAUUUUUCUUGAUGCCAUUUAUUGGCGUCAUAUAUGGUUCUCAAUUGAGGGAUAUCAUUAGAUCCCAUUUUUUAUAAAUUCAACCGUGUGGACUGGAUGUGUUGAAUACCAUUUUGCACACUUCCCUGGAUUUUUAAUCAUUGACAGUGAACGAGGGAGACUAGAUGAAAGUGAACAUUUUUUUGCUGACAGAACAUUUGAAACAGGGGAAGGUGGCUACUGAAGAUCCUACUAUGAAGGCGCUUUCAGAGAUGGAGAGUGUUGUGAGGAAAGGAAAUAGGAAGUUAAACAGAGCAAAAUCGUUGUUAGAUGUCUUUAAACAUAGAAUGCUAAAAUAAGAACAAAAUUGGAGGC